AUUUCCAGAACAUUAUUCUUUUCAAGUAUUCUUUGUCAAGCCGCCAAAGUGGAGAGUGUCGUUGCACCAGGGGGUCCUUCUCGUUUCAGCGAGUUCCUGGGGAAAACCCCAGGUUCUAGCGUUCAGAGAUGGGUACCUUCUCGAAGCACUAGACGAGAUGCCAACUCCUCCAUUGACAAAGGGCAAAAUGACGCAACCUUCAGGAAAGUGAGAGGCAUACUGAAUAAGCUGACUCCUGAAAAGUUUGACAAACUAUGCCUGGAGCUCCUCAAUGUGGGUGUAGAAUCGAAACUUGUCUUAAAAGGAACCAUCUUAUUGAUUGUUGACAAAGCCCUUGAAGAGUCCAAGUACAGUCAGUUGUACGCUCAACUAUGUCUACGCUUGUCAGAGGACGCACCAAAUUUUGAAGAACCAGGAACAGAAAAUCCAGCAACACAAAAGCAAAACACAACCUUCAGACGCCUUCUGAUUUCUAAGCUUCAAGAUGAGUUUGAGAACCGCGCCAAAAAUGUUGAAAUCUUUGACAAAAAUGACAACCCACUCACCUCUGAGGAGGAGGAGCAGCGUGCUGUUGCAAAGAUCAAGAUGUUGGGCAACAUUAAAUUCAUUGGGGAACUUGGCAAACUCCACCUUAUCCAUGAAUCUAUCCUCCAUAAGUGCAUCAAAACACUUUUGGAGAAGAAGAAGAGAGUCCAACUCAAGGAUAUGGGUGAAGAUCUGGAAUGCCUCUGUCAGAUAAUGAAAACAGUGGGACCUAAACUUGACCAUGAAAAGGCUAGGUCUUUGAUGGAUCAGUACUUCAGCCGCAUGCGGUCCUUAACGAACAACAAGGAACUGCCAGCAAGGAUUCGUUUCUUGCUUCAGAACACAGUGGAGCUGAGAGAGAACAACUGGAUCCCUCGCAAAGCUUAUAUUGACAACGGACCAAAGACGAUCAACCAAAUUCGUCAGGAUGCUGUUAAGGAUUUAGGUGUUUUUAUUCCACAAAACGAUGGAAUGAGGACUGACUUGUUCAUGGAAAACUCCUUUCUGCCAGCAAGGAUGAUCAAGUUUGACAAGGAAACUCUUGGUGGGCUGGCUGAUAUGUUUGGACAAAUGCCUGGGAGUGGUAUUGGAACAGGUCCAGGAGUUAUUCAGGACCACUAUUCCCCUACCAUGGGACGUCACCGCACAAACCCACUCUACAAUGGCCAUAUUGGAAAUGGCAACGGUUCACAUCAACCUCAGUUUGAAGUGGCAAACAAGCCUUUCAUAAAACCAAAUCAGGGGCAGAAUUCACCAGUUUUCAACCACAAACAGAAUAUCACAGUGCAGAUGCAGUCUAAGGACAUGGCUCCACGCUUCAGCAAGAAAGGGAAGCUCAAUGCUGAUGAGAUCAGUCUGAGGCCAGCACAGUCUUUCAUCUUGAAUAAAAAACAAGUGCCGAAGCUGCAGCCACAGAUGACCAUGAUUCCUUCAAGUGCCCAAGGUUCCUUACUGGGACAGUCUCCACAGCUUGGCCUGAAAACCAACCCUCCACCAAUCCAGGAAAAACCUGCCAAGUCCACUAAAAAAGCACCUCCUACAAAGGAAGAGUUACACAAGAUGACAGAAACGUUGGCAGCAGACUACCUGAACAGCAAGAACAUCGAUGAGGCAGUGACUACUAUGAGGGAGAUGAGGCCACCAAAACACUUCUUGUCUGAGAUGAUGAGCAAGAUCGUGGUCUAUUCUCUUGAUCGCUCCGAUGAGGAUAAGGAACAUACAAGCACCCUGAUCCAUGCACUCUGCACUGAGGGCCUUGUCACUGGUGAAAACCUACUGCAGGCUUUUCUGAGUGUUCUGGACCAGUGUCCCAAGAUAGAAGAAGAAGUCCCACUGGUGAAGUCUUACCUGGCACAGUUUGCAGCGCGGGCUAUCAUCGCUGACCUGGUCAGUGUUGCAGAUUUGGCCCAUCAUCUGGAGAACGGCGCCCAUUUCCCACUGUUCCUGCUCUGCCUGCAGCAGAUGGUCAAACUGAAGGAUCGUGAGUGGCUGUCUGACCUGUUUCAGCUGAGCAAGGUCAACAUGCAGAAGAUGCUACCUGAAAUUGACCAAAACAAGGACAGGAUGCUGGAGAUCCUUGAGGGCAAAGGUCUCAGCUUUUUGUUCCCGCUGAUGAAACUGGAGAAAGAACUUCUGAAGCAGAUCAAAGUAGAUCCAUCCCCACAGUCCAUCUACAAGUGGAUCAAGGACAACAUCUCUCCCAAACUCCACACAGACAAAGGUUUCAUCAACAUCCUCAUGACCAGCUUUUUGCAGUACAUUGCUUAUGAGAUCAACCCUACUGAUGAUGACGAGCAGCUUGCAGCACCCAGCAAAGAUCAGCUGGACGAGGAGAAGCAGCAGCUGCUUUCUUUCAAACCAGUAAUGCAGAAAUUUCUACAUGAUCACAUUGACCUGCAAGUCAGCGCCCUGUAUGCCCUGCAGGUCCACUGCGAUUCAGAACAGUUCCCCAAAGGCAUGUUGUUGCGCUACUUUGUCCACUUUUACGACAUGGAAAUAAUUGAAGAAGAAGCCUUCCUUUCAUGGAAAGAAGAUGUCAACCAAGAGUAUCCGGGAAAAGGAAAAGCAUUAUUUCAGGUGAACCAGUGGCUGACCUGGCUGGAGACUGCAGAGGAGGAGGAGUCAGAGGAGGAAGAUUACUGAGGAAACAGGCCAAAGCCAUGUGUUGUCAGGAUGCAAUGAAUGAUAUUUUUUACUUUGUAAUUUUUGUCUCUGUGCUCUUUCUUGUUUGAGCCCAACUCCCUCCCCCUCUCUUGUUGACAUAAAUGUUUCCCCGACCGCUGUUACAAUUCAUUCCACUAUGAAAUCUUUUACCAUAUUUAGCCAGCAUCACCAUCUUAUUUUAUUUAUGCUUUUCUUCCUACUCUUUGAUUGAAUCUGAUGUCCUACUGCAGAUGUUUUAUACAUUUCAAUCUACUUGGGUUAAUGUUGUCAAUGACAGCAGGUAGUAUUUUUGCUGGAAACUACACCAGCACCACACCUGACCCAUUUUAUCACCUUUUUACAUCUGGUAGGAGUCACCAAGUGCUGCCAUAACUAUUACCUUUAAAAACUGUUUACAAAAGAGAAAAGGCUCUAACAUAUUGCAAAGAGGCUUUCCUCAUUGUUUUAUCUGAAUUUGUUAAUCAGUUUUUAGAUGCACUUUGCUCAACAUCAUGAGUCGUUGCAAUAGUAAGAUACACUUUUUGAUUUGUUAAAACAAUCCUAAGUUGCAGUUGUUGGCUGCUAUAAUUAUAAUGGUUUCUUGUGCUUAAAAGCAGACCAUUCUGUCUGAAAAUUCGUCUGGAUUUGACGAUAUCGGUAACAGUAAUGGCCUGUCUUAUUUGCACAGUGUGAUUUCAGUUUCCCACAUUUAGUUGAAUGAAUCAAGAGCGUUUUUUGUGUAUGAAACUUUUGUGCUGUGGAAUGAAUCUGUGUGGCCUUUUUUUAAUUUAUCAGUUCAUAUGGAUAUACCUCUAAUGUAUCUCAGACUAUACUUGAAUGUCUCGGUUUUAACACAUUGAGACAGCCAAAGCUUAGUUUCCUGUGCUACAGUUCACCAUGUGUGGAAAUCGGUCGUAUUUCAGCCAUAUUUGUCAAGUUUUUAAAUUGUCUUUUUAUCUUCGUGAAAUUACAGAGAAUGUACUGUAUGUGUACACCUACGCGUUCUUUUGGAGUGUCACUGUAAUGUAAGUGCAAGAAGUUGAGUGUACAGCUACAGAUCAACCUUGAAUAAAGUUAAAACAACAGUUCA